UGUCGAUUUCCAAAUUCUAACCUCAAUCUAGCGGUUUACACGAAAAUAUAACAAAAUAUUUGAUUUUCUGUGUUAAAAAGAAUUUAUUUUAUACAAUGCGAUACGUGUCACAGUUGUUCCAGCCUAUAAUAUCAAUACCAAAAAAUGCUAAGAUCAAAAACACGGAAAUUACCUGCAAAAGUCAGAAGCUCCUGUUAGAAUGUGGCCUGGUACGACCCACAGCGGCGGGUCUCUUCACACUGCUGCCACUGGCGAGACGAGCCCUGGAUAAGUUGGAGGCUUUAGUACAGAAACAUAUAGAGAGCACGGGUGCCCAGCGCAUAUCGUUUCCGGCCCUGGCGUCGGAGUCGUUGUGGGAGAGAUCAGGUCGCCUGGCUGGUGGGGGGCCCGAGCUGAUGACGGUGAAGGAUAGACACGACAAGAAGUAUUUACUCGCACCGACACAUGAGGAGUCCAUAGCAGAUCUUCUGGCUGAUGUCGGGCCCUUGUCAUACAAGCAGCUCCCACUGCUACUGUACCAGAUAGGCAACAAAUAUCGCGAUGAACAUCGGCCGAAGCACGGACUGUUACGUGCGCGGGAGUUCCGCAUGUUGGACGCGUACGGCGCGCACGCAGCCGCGGACUGCGCACGAGAGCAGUACGAGCGAGUUACCGGAGCUUACAGGAGGCUAUUUGAUGUGCUGCAACUGAAUGUACACCGAGUGGAAGCACCAACAGGCGAGAUGGGCGGGUCUCUGUCUCACGAGUGGCAGUGCGUGGCGGGCGCGGGCGAGGACGCGGUGGACGUGUGUCUGUCCUGCUCGCACGCGCGGCUGGCGGAUCCCUCCGAGAGAGACGCGGAGAGACGGUGUCAGUGCGGGGGGACGCUGCGGCGGGGAAAUAGUGUUGAGGUGGGCCAUACCUUCAUCUUGGGAACAAAGUACAGCGAGCCACUGCGAGCUACGUUCACGCCGGCAAGCGGCGCACCGCAGCCUGUCGUUAUGUCGUGCUACGGGAUCGGUAUCACUAGGUUGCUGGCAGCGAGUGUGGAGGCGCUUUCCACGGAACAGAGCAUCACGUGGCCGCGAGCUAUCGCGCCGUUCAAUACUAUAGUCAUAGGACCUAAGGAGGGAUCUAAGGAGUGGAUCUCGCACGGUUGGGAGGGCGUGAAGCAGAUGGCGCACUCCAUAGAGGAGGUGCAGCAAGAGGAGGUGCUGGUGGACGAUCGACACUCCCUCACUAUCGGGAAACGACUCAUGAUGGCUGACAAAAUGGGUUACCCCACCAUAGUAGUAUGCGGCAAGCACUCCGCAGAGUCACCACCGCGGUACGAGGUGCUCCACCGAUCUCCACCAAACUCCACUAGUCCCCACCAAUCUCCACCCUCCACGACGCUGCUUACACACAGUGAGCUGUUGCACUCGCUAGCUGACAAUGGAAGACAAGAAAGAAUACCCGUGCUAUAAUAUU